GGGUGAGGUGGAGGAGGAGGAGGAGGCACAGAUGUGCUCUCUCUGCUGUCGGACUGGCAGCGACACUGUGGAAGUUCUUGAAGAAAGAGUCGGUAAAACUGAGUCUGUGGGCAUCUUCGUACCUUAAAGUGGACUGCCUCGCUGGUGAGCCUCAUGCCUAUGGUCGCCAUGCCAUUCUGAUGAAACCUAUGGUAACUGUGGACCAGAGCUUAAUUUGCGACAGCUGUGGUUCCAAAGAGAAGUGUGUUCCUGGUUCAUCAUAGCCUCUUUUAAGAUGGAUACUCUCAUAAGUGGGUGCUAACACUUUCUCCACACCAGUUUUUGUGGCAAACGGCUUCUACUUCCUCAUUGCCUCUUCCUUUGUGAGACAAUUAUGGCUGAGGCUGACACAGUGCCCCAAUCGAGUGGAGUUCGACUGAAACAGGAGAUCUCUUUGCUACAUGGGGUCUGCCUUAUUGUUGGAAAUAUGAUCGGCUCUGGCAUCUUCAUCUCGCCCAAGGGAGUUUUGAUGCACACCGGUUCUUAUGGUCUGUCCCUUAUUAUUUGGGCCAUUGGCGGUAUAUUCUCUGUUUUUGGUGCGCUGUGCUAUGCCGAGCUGGGGACAACAAUUCGGAAAUCUGGAGCCUCAUAUGCGUACAUCCUAGAAACCUUUGGCGGUUUCUUGGCAUUUAUUCGGUUAUGGACCUCUCUGCUGAUAGUGGAGCCAGCGAGUCAGGCAGUGAUAGCUUUGACUUUCUCCACAUACCUGGUGCAGCCCUUCUACCCGACCUGUGCGGCCCCUUACGCCGCAGUGCGGCUCAUAGCUGCAGCCAUCAUCUGUCUGCUGACGGCUGUGAACUGCUGGAAAGUCAAAUGGGGAGCAAUUCUUCAGGUUGUCUCCACAUUCGCCAAAGUACUCGCUCUUAUCGUUGUCAUCAUUACGGGGCUUGUUAAACUUGCACAAGGAUUUGACCAGAACUUUGAGGACUCCUUCAAAGGCUCCAAAAUGAACCCUGGUGACAUGGCUUUGGCUCUGUACUCUGCUUUAUACUCGUACUCCGGCUGGGACACUCUUAACUUUAUCACAGAGGAGCUCAAGAACCCAGAGAGGAAUCUCCCCUUGUCUAUUGGAAUCUCCAUGCCCUUAGUGACGGUGAUUUACAUUUUGACCAACAUUGCCUACUAUGUGGUAUUGGAUGGAGACAGUAUUCUCAACAGUGACGCUGUGGCUGUGACUUUUGCAGAUAAAGUGCUGGGGUGGGGUCGCUGGCUCAUUCCUCUGUCUGUGGCAAUUUCCUGCUAUGGUGGUCUCAACUCCUCCAUCAUCGCUGCUUCUAGGUUGUUCUUUGUUGGCUCCAGAGAAGGUCACCUGCCAAAUGCUCUGUGUAUGAUUCAUGUCACGUGUUUCACUCCAAUCCCUGCCUUACUUUUCAAUGGGGCCAUGUCACUAAUUUUCCUGUCUGUUCCGGAUGUUUUUCAAUUAAUCAACUAUUUUAGUUUUAACUAUUGGCUGUUUAUUGGCAUGUCAAUAGGCAGUCUUAUCUACCUUCGCUUCAAAGCACCUAAUAUGCACCGGCCAGUUAAGCUGUCCCUGUUCUUCCCAGUGGUCUACUGUCUGUGCAGCAUAUUCCUCGUGGUGAUGCCUCUUUACAGUGAUACUAUCAACUCUCUGGUGGGAAUAGCUGUGGCUCUGUCUGGUGCUCCGGUCUAUUUUAUCUGUGUCUACCGGCCUCCCAGCUCCAGGCCAGCCUUCCUCGCUAAGGCCCUGAAUAAGGUUUCUCUGUACACCCAGAAGCUGUGCUUUUGUUGCAUGACUUCUCCUGAUAUCAACUUGGACAAUAUAGACCUCGAGAAGAUUGAGUGAAACAUCAACAAAGCACUUAUAGUGGUAUGGAAGAGCAGACAAACGGACCAUGCAUUGACAAUCCAGGUCUUUAAUAUGAAGGCAAAAUACUUUCUGAAUUGCUCCAUCAAGCUGUUCGACCUUUCUAACACAAAUGAGCGAUAUAAAUAAUGCAGUAGGACUCAUGACAGGAGUUCUUAGCAGAGCACAGCACUGCACAUUCACAAAGUUAUAUGUGGCAAGUCACACUAGAUAUAAGCUAACCAAAGCCUUAGGCUUACACUGCAGCACAUACCUUCAGUAAAACAUGUCUCCUUAACACGUGAGUCAUGUGACCAGCCACUGCCAGGAUUCAUAUAGAGCAGUUGUAACAUGUUCAGUACAUGUCUGUGUCCUGUGUAGUUUCUCUUGUGAACAUGUGAAUAUUGAACACAAGCUGUAACUUUGUACAAUGGUAGAGACAGAGGACUGGGAGAACUUGCCAUUAAGAGUUUAUCUUGAAACUUGAACAGGCCUUUUGCACAUCAUGCAUUUCCUUGUUUUGCAUCUUCAAACUACAGAGGUCUGUUCACAGAGGUUUAAAUAGUGCCAUAUAAGUGAAAUAGUUUACAAAGGUGCUUGUAUAUUUGUGUUUGAAUGUAAUAUGUAUGAAGUCCUUCCAAAAUGUGCAUUGUGCUUUUUAAAGCUAUUUCUAUGUGUGACGCCACCCAGCGGUGGCUAAUAUAUUUUGCGACAAAAGCUUCAAUUAGAUUUUUUUUUUCCAAUAUAGUCUUAUGACGUUAUUGGUUUUAAUACUUUUUGCUUUACGUGUUCCAGUCCAAAACUUGCUUACUUAUUAUUAUUAUAACCUGUUUUUUACCUCAGAACCUCACAAACAAUUAUUAUAAGAUAUUUAUAGUUUUUCUUUUAUGUGAGCAGAUUUUAGUAAUGUGAUGUAUUGAUGUUAAAAUCUUUACUCAAAUCAUUUUACUAUCGAAGCCUUGACUUGUACACAUUUACAAGUGUGAGCUUGUAGCAUAUUUAAAGUCACUGUGGUAACAGAUGAAGCUGGUUUGUUCCACAAAGUUUACUGUACCUGUAGGGAACUCAGACAUCGAUGUUGUGUGUCAUAGUGCCUUUGAUUAAAAGUAUGUUAUAUUUUUAUAUCAAAAUAUUCUUAAGAAAUAUUGUUGAACACUUAUAUAAUUGUUGAAUGUCAGUAGUUAUAAACAGUGGUUAUACACUCAUAUUCUCCAGAGUCUGUACUUGGAUUUAUGUCUGCACCAGCCAUCUCUUCCAUUGUGUGUGUUUCUCCAGGACCAAAGUCAUGGCCCAAAAGAUUGUCUGUUUUCAGUGACUACAAAGUUGGAUGUAUCAAUGGGCAUUUAUUGUGUGUGACAAAUGUAUGUUUUACCAAUUGAUACUUUUGUGAUUUUGCUCCAAUAAAUAAAAUGGUACAUACUGUGCAGGACCAU